AUGGCAACUGUCUUUGUCCAGCAACAGCCACAGGGGCAAAAUGUUCUCCUGGAUCUUACUGUCCGGAAGGGAGUCCUGAACCCAUUCUGUGCCCGCCAGGAUUUUACUGUAAUGCACCAGGUUUAUCAGCUCCAAGCGGUGAAUGCGCUGCUGGGUUUUACUGCAUUGGAGGCUGUGGGGUCUACAGCGCCAAGCCUCUGCCCACCAGGGACCUUCUCAAAUCGAUUUGGCCAAAGUACGGUUUCUGACUGUCAACUCUGCCCUUCUGGGUUUUACUGUGAAGGUUCUGGACUGACGAUCCCAACUGGAGAAUGCAAGGAAAGUUACUACUGUGAUAGUCAGAAAGGACCUGUCAGCAAUUACACCCUCUACCCUUGCCCGCAAGGCUAUUACUGCCCCCCAGGGACACAGUGGUCCACACAGUACAGCUGCCCCCUGGGGACCUUCGGAGCCAAACCAAGGUUAACGAGCAUUCUGGAGUGUCAAAACUGCCCACCAGGAAAAUACUGUUCAUCUCCUGGAUUGGCAGGACCAACAGGUUUUUACUGCCCAGAAGGAACAGGCUUGGACUGGAAACCUUGCCCUCCAGGGACCUACAACCCCAUCCAAGGAAUAAGAAGCUUGGUUGAAUGCCACAUUUGUGAUGGCGGGAAGUUCUGCCUGUACCAUAAUGCAACAGAUGUCACGGGAGAAUGCUGGGAAGGAUUUUACUGCACUCAAGGCUCAAAUCGUCCCAACCCUAAUGCCCAACUCAAUGUUCAGGCUGGCGCAUGCCCUUCUGGCUAUUACUGUCCAAGGGGUACCAUUAUUCCCAAUCCUUGUCCAGUGGGAACAUUUGCUGCUGAAUCGAGGUUACAUUCAGAGGUCGAGUGCUCCCCUUGUGUGCCUGGCCACUUCUGCAACACUCCCGGGUUGGCAGCCCCCACCGGACCAUGUCAAGAAGGGUUCUUUUGUAUCUUGGGCUCAAUGUUCUCCAACCCACUGACCACAAGCCAGAGUGGAGGUCCUUGUCCCCAAGGAUAUUUUUGCCCUCAAGGCACAGCUAAUCCACUGCCUUGCCCAGCGGGAACCUAUAACGAUUUGGAGAAGCAAGCCAGAUGCCUUCCCUGCUCCAACGGGUACUUUUGUCUUCAAAAUUCCUCUUCCUUGGUCAACAGCCAAUGUCCAGUUGGGCAUUACUGUCCUCCUGGCACAAGGUCCAAAAAUCAGUUUCCAUGUCCUCAAGGGACUUACAACCCCAACAUAGGAAUCAGUAAUCUCUCUCUGUGCCUACUAUGUACACCAGGUCAUUAUUGUGGCUUCCCAGGUCAGGCCCAGGUCACCGGCCCUUGUUCAGCAGGCUAUUACUGCCUGGCAGGUGCUUCUAUCCCAACCCCAAUGAAAGAUCUGCUGGGGAAUAUAUGUCCCAGAGGUCAUUACUGUCCAAAAGGGUCUGGCACCCCCCAACCCUGCCCCCUUGGGUUCUACAGCAACUCUACAGGAAAUACCAAGUUGGAAGACUGCCUUCUGUGUCGUGCAGGAUAUUUCUGUGAUGGAACAGGGCUUGUAUCUCCUGCUGGUCUUUGUGACUUGGGAUUUUAUUGCAGCGGAGGAGCCGUUUCUCCAAGACCUGAUCUGGUCACCAGCAAAGGUGGUCGGUGCCCACCUGGCCACUAUUGUGUGAUGGGGAGUGAUAGACCACAGCCAUGCCCGGCAGGGAAGUAUAAUCCCUUCUGGGGAAUGGAUCAAUGUUUAGAUUGUCCAGAAGGGGCUUAUUGUGAUAUCGGUUCUGCCAACUACACCCACUGCCCAGCUGGUCAUUACUGCCCAAAGAACACCAAGUUUUCUACCCAGUUCCCUUGUCCUAGAGGGACCUAUAGUGACAUUUUGAGUAUCAGGACGGUGAAUGACUGCCAGCUAUGCCCCGCUGGGAAAUUUUGCUCCAAGCCCGGUUUGAUCAGCCCAGAUGGCAUCUGCAUGCCAGGAUGGUAUUGCCCACUUGGGUCAACAACAGGCAAGCCAAUAACUACAGGAAAUCACUCUGGUUCUCGUGGACAUAUUUUUUUUUCUAUUCCAGAAGCAGACUUAAUUCGAAGGUGUCAAGCGGGCUCAUUCUGUCCUGAAGCUUCUUCUGUUCCCAUUCUUUGUAGUCCAGGUUUUUACUGUGCAUCUUCUGAAUUGGCUGCUCCAUCUGGCCCAUGUGAUCCCGGCUUCUACUGUACUGGAGGCUCUACUCUGCCCAAUCCAACUGAUGGGAUAAUAGGAGACAUUUGUCCUCAAGGCUACUUCUGCCCUCAGGGAACAUCUUCCCCAGUUCCUUGCCCAGCAGGUUCGUUCUUAGCCCACCAAGGUGGACGGUCAAUCCAGGAUUGUCAUCUCUGCCUAGCAGGCUGGUUCUGUUCCCUCCGGGGCCAAACUUUUCCAGAGAAUUUGUGUACAGAAGGCUGGUUCUGUCCAGAGGGGUCAAUAUUUGACCAAAAUCCAGACCAACUUUGUCCUCUGGGUCACUAUUGUCCCCAAGGGAGUCCAAAACCUCAGCUGUGUCCUCCUGGUAAAUACCAAGAUGAAGUGGGCCAAAGUCUGUGCAAAAUCUGCCCUGCAGGAAAGUUCUGUGAUCCCAGUUUCCAAACACGAGUUCCCAGGAGUUCCCGAAUGACUUCUCCAGGAGUGAUCAACCCCAUGGACUGCCCGCCGGGAUACUAUUGCCUGUCAGGAACAAAAACGGCUAAGCAAUAUCCUUGUCUCGCUGGGACCUUCAGUAACCAGACCAGUCUGAGCAGCUUCAGGGAAUGUGAGCCAUGUCCUGGGGGCAAAUUCUGUGCCAGGCCAGGUUUAGUGACUCCCAGUGGCCCUUGUUUGCCUGGUUACUACUGUGUUCUGAAGGCCUGGAGACCAAAUCCUGUUCAAGAUGAAACUGGAAGUUUAUGUCCUGCAGGGCAUUUUUGUCCCUUGAGCAGCAACAGACCCACCCCAUGUCCCAAAGGAACAUUUCUCCCCCUACCUGGCAUGUUAUCUCAGAAUGCCUGUUUGCCCUGUCCUGGAGGAAGCUUCUGCCAAGGAGAAGGGCUGGCUGCUAUUUCUGGGAGGUGUCAGGCUGGUUUCUAUUGUGACUUGUCCUCUUCACGUCCCGAUCAAAACCUCUGUCCCCCUGGAUUCUAUUGUCCCCAAGGCACUGGGACCCCUGUUCCAUGCUUGCCAGGGACCAUCAAUCCCCAUAGUGGAAAAUGGGAUAUCACAGACUGCAAACUGUGCCCAGCCGGGAAUUUCUGCAGUGGGGCAGGAAAGACUGCUCCAGAAGGGAGUUGCUCUCCUGGCUUCUACUGCCCACCUGGCCAAGUCUCUUCCACUCCAUCUUCCCACCGGUGCCCACGUGGAUUUUAUUGCCUCGAGGGUUCUGUGGAUCCAGUCGCUUGUGAAAAGGGAACCUACCAAUCAGAAGAAGGGAAGGAAUCCUGUGGUCCCUGUCCUGUCCGAUUCUUUUGUGAGCCCACCAACAACAAUGAUGGCAUCCCAGUUUCUAAGCUGUGUCUUAUGGGGUAUUUUUGCCCACCUGGGACUGCUUCUAGCAGGGAGCAUCCAUGCCCCAGAGGUACCUAUGGACCCAAGGCUGGUGCGGCUGAUGAAUCUGAGUGUGAAUCCUGCCCAGCAGGCAUGUAUUGUUCAUCUCCUGGACUAUUUCAGCCAACCGGGCUUUGCCAUGAAGGCUAUUACUGCAGCAAAGGGGCAGUCAGCUCAACUCCCAUUAGGCACAGAGUGGAUUCUGCCUAUCCUUUGACAGGGAAUGACAUCUGUCCCAGAGGACAUUUUUGUCCCCCAGGCACUGGCUUUCCCAUGCCUUGCCCACCUGGCUCCUUUUCCACUAUGAUUGGCCUGAAAGCUGAGGGUGAAUGCCUUCCUUGCCCAGCAGGACACAUCUGCAGUCAGUCGGGGACAUCUGGCCUGUCCCAGAUGUUACCAUGUAAUGAAGGGUAUGUUUGCCUUGAAGGCAACUCUGUGCCCUGCCCUAAUGAUGGGAUACAUGGGUAUCGGUGCCCUAAAGGCUUCUACUGUCCCCAGGGCGCCAGCUCGGAAGUGCCCUGUGAGCCUGGGAUGUUUAGCCCCACUGAUGGAGCCAGUGUCUGCCUCCCUUGCCCAGCAGGAACUGCCUGUCGACGUGCUGCCAUGGUGGAACCAGCCAUCUGCCCUCGAGGGUAUUACUGCCCAGCCCAGACAGCCAUGCCCAUACCAUGUCCAGCCGGUUUGCUAAAUGCCCUGGAGGGAGCCUCAUCCUUCAAUGCUUGCAAGCCAUGCCCAGUUGGAAGCUACUGCAGGGGUGAUGCCAACUGGAAGCCUGAUGGUUUCUGCACUGCUGGGUUUUACUGUGCCGGGGGAGCAUUUGAUGCUGUCCCUCAAAGCUCACCUGAGUUUCCACUAAAUGGACCUUGCCCCCGGGGGCACUUUUGCCCAGAAGGCACUCCAUCUCCCAUCGCCUGUCCAGUGGGCACUCUGAAUAAUGGGACAGGUAGUGAAGGUUGUACAAAUUCACUCUUGGCUGGUCCUUUGAUGUGGUUCUCCAUGGAAAAACUGGGCAUCUUUUGA